AUGAAUAUUCUAACUUCAUAAAUAGAUAAAUAAAAACCUGACAUACAAGAAAUGGUUUGUUAAACUCAUAAACUUUAAAUUAUUGCUAUAGAUCUAGACAUCUCAGAAAAAGGUUAAUUUAACUACUUGUGCUGUAAUUGUUUAGUAGAGAAAAUGAAUAAUAACAAAAUAUCAACUAUUUAAGAAAUAAAUGAUAGAAUUUUGUCUCUAAAAUCUUAAAAAAAGGAAAAAAAAAUAAAAGAGAUCUAAAUGAGGUUAGAUUACUUCAAAAAUAUACUAGAUUAGAUUAUGAAUUUUAAAAUGACUGUAGAUAACUCUUUGGAAAAGUAAUAUAGUUAAAUAAAGGCUCAAAUUCAUACAAUUUAAAAAGAAGAAUAAUCGUAAUUAGAAAGCUUUUAAAUCUAGCACAACUUUUAAGAGGAUCUUCAAUCAUUAUCUGAAUUUCUUUCAGCAGAUUCCCAAGAUAAAUAAUUUGAAUUUUCAUCAGAUGACUAAUUUAUUGAUGAAGUUUUUAAACAAUUUGAACUCCUAUUUAAUAAUUCUGAAUACUUCUAAACGAUUGACGCUAUUAAAGAUGCCAAAUAAAAAAUCAUAGACGUAUAGGAAAAUAUUUAAAUUGAAUUGCUCCAAAAAAAUAAUAAUAAUUAAGUAAAAUUUAUACUAUAUUUUUAGAAAACGCCUAGUUUAAACAAAGUUUGUGCAACCCAUAAUAAGGAAAUUAUAAUGAUUGAUAUAGAUACAAAGAAUAAAAAUGUAGAAGAUAGAUUUGUGUGUGUUGAUUGCAUUAGUGAUCAUCCUCAUUGUUAAUAUAGAACAAUCGAAAAAGUAAAUUAAGAAUGGAGAAAUUCUAAAUAACAAUAAGAUUAAAUUUUAAAUGAUCUCCAGUUAAAGAGGAAAAAAAAAUAAGAAAAAUUGAAUUAAUAAAUUGCAUUGAUGUGAAAAAAUUACAAUUAAUAACUUAAUGAAAUUAGUGAAAAGCUAAUUACAGAAUUUUCUAUACCAAUAACUAAAACAGUUGAUAAUUGUAAAUAUAAAUAAACCUCUAUUGAAGGAUUAAACCAAAAUGAACUAAAUUCAAACCUUACCUAAUUGAUUCAGUCUCAUAAAGAAGAUAUACUUUUAGAUUCAAAAAUUGAAUAUAUGAAAUCUAAGGACUCUUUAUUUUCAAAAGAGAUUGAGAACAAAUUUGAGCACUUAAAAUAGCAUAAUUAAUUAGAAAUUUAAGAAUCCUUAAAUAUUUUACAAGACGAAAAUAGUAUGCAAGUAAUUACAUUAUUAGUAUAAUAAAUUCAAGGAUGCACAAAAGGAAAUCAAGAAUAAUUGAUAGUAAAACAAGAAUUAGAAGAAAUAUUAAAUUCUUCUAAGCAAAUUUAUUUUUGGAAGGGGUUAUUUAAUCAAACAAUUCAAAAAUUUUAAGAACACCUUGCAAAAAUCAAUAAUACUAAAGAUAUUAUGAAAUAAAUUCCAGAUCAUUAAAAUCUUACUAGCCUUUAAUAAUGGCUUCAAAAUUAUUCUGAUAAAUUUUAAAAAGUUUUUCAUUAAAUGAAGAAAUUUUGCGAAAUUCAAAAUUUAGAAAAAAAGUACCAUAAUUUACAUUUAGACUAUGAGUAAUUAGAAUACGAAAGCAAUAAGAUGAUUUAAGAUUAGAACAAAAAUAUAGAUUAGCUUAAAGAAUUUGAAAAGGACAUUUAAUUAAAACUAAAAAUGUAAGCUGAUGACAAUCAAUUUUUAAAUAAUCAGCUGAUAGAAGAAUAAAAUAAAUAUGAAAACCAAUUAAAAGAGGAAUAAAUCAAAAAUUAGAACUAAAUUUAAGAACUAACUCAAAAGAUCAACGAUAAGGAUAGUAUAAUUCAUCAAGUUACAAAGAAUUAGAUCUUAGAAUAUAAAUGUUUAAACCAAUAAUAAAUCUAAAACCAAAAUUGUUAAAAGAGGAAUUUUGGUUUCGUAUAUUUUUUGUUUUGUAAGAGAAAUUUAAGAAAACAAUAACAGCAUCAAAUGAAAUAAAAUUGA